AAGCAGCAGUGAGUGGACACAUCACCUCACUGUGAACAGCAACUUGGAAGAGAGUGUCCUUUGCAUUGCAUGGCAUGGCAUGCAUCUUUUGGAAGGUAAAAGAAGGAGCUUAGUUUCUUCAGGAAUCUAAGUAGCAGGGUGUCCUCCCACUCAAGAUGAGUGGGAGUGGAUGUUAGGACUUCAGGAGCGGCAACAUCAUCUCUCUCCUGGCGGCGUCUCACUGCUUUCCUGUGGAGGAACUAAUGACAUGUCACUCUUCACACGUGUGGACUUCUACAUCUUCACUGGAUAUUUAGUAGGAGUGCGCUGAUGCACGGAGCUGAGGGUCUCCAGAGUUUAAAGGAAAGCCAGACCUUGGAGAUGCUAGAAACUUGUUAAAUAAAUCAAGAUGGAGCCUAUUAGGAAAGACAUGGAGCUGCUCAGUAACAGCAUGGCGACGUACGCGCAUAUAAAAGCCAACCCGGAGAGCUUCGCCCUCUACUUCAUGAUGGGCGUCUGUUUCGGCCUUCUCAUGGCGCUGUGCCUCCUGGUGACCGGCAUCACCUGCAGGUCACGCCGCCGUGUCAGCAGGCCGGCUCCGUCCCCCGAGAGGAGGCAGCUGAGGGAAUCCAGCGAAGAGGAAGAGGAUGAGAGCAUAGCGGAGGAAGAGGAGGAAGGGAGCCAGAAAAUGACUCUAGUGCCCAUGGAUGAGCGAAGCACGCGGUCCAUGGGAACUCUGAAGAGCGUCGACGUGUUCGACUCGGUCGAGGAGCUGGAGAAGGCUCGGCGUCUGGAAGAGAGGGAGCGCAUCAUCAGGGAGAUCUGGAGGAAUGGACAGCCCGACAUCCUGGUCACUGGGACGGGAACUGUCGGACGGGUUCAUUACCACUAGUGUCCCAAACAUCUGCGUCCAUUGCAAUGGAAAUUACGAGUUUUUUAUUUUAAUGUAUUUCAUCAUUUGGUAUUAAUUUUGUAUAUUAACAUUUAGCAGACACUAACACUUAAGCCAGCGCAGCUCUGCUUACCUUUUGUCUUGGAACCCAUGGAAGAUGUGUAGUCACUUGAAAGUGGAUCUUCACCAACUCAAUCUGAUAUUACAGGAAACUCAGGCAUUUGUUGUUGUGCAAGAACUUUGAAAUGUAUAUUCGUAUCUAAGAUCUCGCUUGGAAUCCAAACUGGAAAUAAAGGUUAAAAAUACCCAA